GCACCAGCAAUGUAGUGGGGGAGAUCCACCAAAGUUACUUAGCCAAGUUCACCUCUAUGAUUCCGACAGUUGGUUCGUUGUGACCAUCUCGCACCAUCCUCUUACAAACCAACUGUAGACAUGGCGGAUAAAGAGAAGAAGAAGAAGACCAAAAAGAAGGAGGAGCCCGCAGCGGCUCCUGCUCCUGAACCUGAACCAGCACCACCUCCAGCAGAAGAGAAACCACCAACUCCUACUGGUACACCUAAAGAAUCUGGUUCAACUAGAGCAAGUAGCCGCGGCAGCCGCAAAGCAAAACGCAGUGGCUCCAGCGUGUUUUCUAUGUUCACGCAGAAACAAGUUGCCGAAUUCAAGGAGGCAUUCCAACUUAUGGAUGCAGACAAAGACGGUAUAAUUGGAAAGAACGACCUCCGUGCGACAUUCGAUAAUGUAGGUCGUCUCGUUACUGAUAAAGAACUCGACGAUAUGUUGAACGAAGCACCUGCGCCCAUCAACUUUACUCAGUUGCUGAAUCUGUUUGCAACUCGUAUGUCGGGAUCGGGUACGGAUGACGACGAAACUGUAAUUGCUGCCUUUAGUACCUUUGAUGUGAAUGGUAAAAUUGAUGGUGAAAGAUUGAGGCACGCGUUGAUGACAUAUGGUGACAAAUUUACUGCGAAAGAAGUCGAUGAUGCAUAUGAUAAUAUGUAUAUUGACGACAAAGGAUUUAUUGACACGCAAAGCCUUAUCGCAAUGUUGACUGGUACGGGUGAUGAAGAUGAAGAAUAAUUUUAAGUGAUUUUCAGCGUAAAAAUACUGUUAAAUCUCUGUUCAUUAAAUACGAAGUCUCGUGUUAGCGUCAGAA